GUGAGUUUUUGUCCGAUAAAGUCAUGAAAACUAAGGGCCGAGGAAGUUAUGAGAUACUUUCUACGUUUAUUAACAGUCACCAUAAAUGCGGUAAAGUGGUACGACAAUAAGGCCGUUCAUUUGAUGAGCACGUUUUGCGAAGUUGAACUAGUAAACAUAGUGAAAAGGUGGGACAAAAAAAUAAACAGAAUGAUCGAUGUACAACGACCAAAUAUAGUAAAAACAUACAACCAACACAUGGAUGGAGUAGAUUUGGUUGAUUCGUUGAUAGCGUUGUAUCGAAUAAACAUUCGAUCAAAGAAGUGGCAUCACCGCAUUAUGUUUCACCUCUUAAAUUUGACGGUGGUCAAUGCUUGGCUCUUAUAUAAGCGAGAUUGCUCAUCGCAUUCUGUAAACCCCGACCGUCAGUAUAAUUUAUUGAAAUUUAAAACUGUCAUUGCAUCUUGUUUAUGUCAGGAACACAAAGGAACCCAGAAGAAAAGGGGGCGUCCUACUUCAAAUGAGCAACCAAUUAGAGAAAUCGUUAAGAAAAAACCUAAUAAAUUAAUGAGGUAUUCCUAUAAGAAAGUACGCAACAUCAUAUAA